AUGGCAGCGCCUGCCAGCGCUGAGCCCGCUGCGUCGGCGGCGGCUGCGCUCGCCAGCAUCGAAGAGGCCGAGGAGGCCCUCUACGGGCCGCGCGAGUCGAUUCAUGAAGCUGUGUGGAAGGCGUACUCGAUGCCGAGCGCUGAUAGCCACGCCCCCUACUUCGACAAGGAUGGCAACCCCAUGAUCGAGCCUCACCCCGCCAACCGGGUCGAUGCCGCUCCUGGAUCGGCGCCAUUCAAGAUGCUGAGCUGGGGCCACCUCACAGCGGCAGUGUAUCGCGCUAGUAAGCGCAACAAGCCAGGCACCAACAAAUUUGUGGACCACACGAUCAAGCGCGGGGUAACGGGCCUCACCAUCUUCAAACAGAAGACUCCGAUCGACGUGUCGACGUGGAUCGUCGAUCUGUCGAACGAUUUCCACAACCAAGGCUCUGGCAUGACCUGCGUCCAGAUGAUGGACAAGUGCGCCGCCGCGGAGGACGGCUGGGAGGCUCACAGGAAGCAGUGCAAGAUCAAAGCCCGCCAGCCCAAGAAGGGGAAGGGUAAGGGCGAGGAGGAGUGCGGUCAGCGUGAUCUGCCCAUUCAGAAAUCAGGUGAGAAGCCAGUUUCGAACACGGCCCAGUAUUACAAGGAAUACAAGAACUGGAUCACCGAGAACUACCCGAGGCUGCUCGGGCCGGACGGGGGCUCCUGGAGCUCGUUCGCGCAUCUGAAGGCCCUCGUCAACUCGAUGCGCAAGAAGCCGUGCGACGUCUUCGAGCAGGUGAAGAAGGACCUCAACCUGAACUGCGAGUUCCUCGACGCCAGGUUCAACCAAUGGAAUGCGAUCGCCGCCAUGCAUGCCUACGUGACGUCGGUCGAGUCGGCGUGCGCUGGCAUCGGAGUCGAGCCUGAGAUCAGGGCCGCGCUGAUUACAGAAGGGAUCAAGUUCUGCACUCCUUACAAGCCCACGUCGUCAGGCCCAAUGGACCCCAGCUGUAGGUUCGUGCCCUUCGUGUUCCCCAAGGGAGUCGACAACGACAGGAUGGAGGUCAUCAAGACAGCGAUGGAGGGCAGCGCGGUUUACAAGCCUGUGAAGAAACCGAAGAAAGCCGCCCAGGCCAAGCCAGCGGCGAAUCCGAAGAGAGCGGCAGGCGGCAAGCGCGGCAGGGAGUGCGAUAUGGCGGUGGAGGCCAUGCAGUUGCAGCUUGUGCGCGACGCUCACUUCCAGGACCUGGAUGACGAUGAGGCGGUUCCAGAGCCUCGCCAGAAACUCUGGAUCGACGACCUGGUUGCGGCGAUAGAGCACUCCUUCAGCCAGUUCAGACGGGCCUCCAAGACGAACAAGCGCAAGACCGCCGAGUUUGUCGUCUCCCACGCCCUGGAGUUUGCCUGGAUGGAAUCAGUUACGCUCAAUGGCAAGGAACACACGAAGUGGUCCGAGCUUCGCUUGGAGCUCAAGCGGGUCAUGUAUCUGGCCCUGAAGCGGGAGGAAGAUUCGCUGGCGGAUGCUGUGAUGGGCGGUGCGGGCGUGCAGGGGGCCUACGACUCAGCCACGGCCUUGCUAAGCAUCGCUGAGAGCCUCCCUCAACAGGCGGUGCCAGGCGAUGCUGCGAUCGACGCCUUGACAGCCGAUGUGACGAAGUACCUGAAUGACUACGAGGGCAUUGCAUUGAGGGAUUACCUGUCAGCCAACAAGCCUUCGAGGCCAGUGAAGAUGCACAGGAUUACUGCUGACAUGAUGGAGUCUGCUUGGGGCUACAUUGAGGCUGCGAAAAUUGAGUACGGCAAGAAGCUCCUUCGUGACCAAGGUGUAGAUAUGAAUGCCGCGAAACCUUCGGACUCCGUUGACUUGGCUGACAUCCUGAAAAGUGUCUACGAUGCAGUGGACGCCAAUUUCCCAGCCGAGUGGACUAAGAACGUGCUCAAGCUCUGCACGAUUUCAACGCAGACGCAGUCUCUGCCGGACGAGGCCAAGCACACCUUCGGCUGCUUCGACGACUUGAGCAAGUGGAUGCGCCUCCGGACCCACUACGCGGCCCACCUCCUCGAGAAUCUCGUUCCCGACGCGGUCAACGUGGAGGGCAUGCCGUCCGCCGCGUUCUGCGAGGCGGUCGAGGCCAUUGUCGCCAAUGCGGACAAGAUGGCGACCGUCGACCCCCUGCUGGACCAGUCGCACAUUUGGGCGCGCGCUUGGGCCAUCGCGAUCAGGAAG